GAGAUCUUGACUGAUGUAAACGGAGCCUGUUUUGCUUUCCUCUUUCUUUUCCAGUUCGAUUUCGAUUUACCUUUUAUCUCCGUGCUCUCCAUCCAGUUUCACUUCUACUCUUCCACCUCCCCCGCAUACAAUCGACUCCGAAUCCAUUGGCACCGUUAGAUUUGAUAGGAUGGCGCCCCCUAUUACUGUUGUGCCGUCGCUUGAGGCCGCAAAGGAUGUAAUUAGCCACUCGAAAGAUGCUCAAUAUCCCCCCAACCUGCUCCCACUUACUGCGUCUAUCCCCGCCGACUUGUUGACACCUACAGUGGCAUAUCUGAAGGUUGCGGAGAAAUCCAAACUAUCAUUCCUCUACGAGAGUGCUGCGACCACGGAGACAAUUGGGAGAUAUAGUUUUGUGGGAGCUGAUCCCCGAAAAGUUCUCAAGACUGGCCCCGGUCACGGCCCCGAGUGUGAUCCUCUUCCGAUCCUGGAGAGAGAGAUCGCUGAUUACCGCGUUGCGACAGUACCCGGCUUGACGCUACCACCACUCACGGGCGGUGCUAUUGGUUACGUCGGAUACGACUGUGUGAGGUACUUUGAGCCCAAGACGGCCCGGCCUCUCAAGGAUGUGCUCGGAAUCCCAGAGUCGCUGUUCAUGCUGUUUGAUACCAUUGUCGCAUUCGAUCACUUUUACCAGGUCAUCAAAAUCAUUACCUUCGUUCCUAUCACACAUGUCGACUCGGAUUUCGAAACCGAGUACCGGAAAGGCGAAGACGUGAUCAAGCGCACUAUUGAACGACUCCUCCGACCCGAGACCCCGCUACCUCCCCAAGGUCCGAUCAUUCCCAACCAGGAGUACACAUCCAAUAUCGGGCGCGAGGGGUACGAGCGGCACGUGCUGAAACUCAAGGAGCACAUCUCCAAAGGCGAUAUCUUCCAGACUGUGCCAUCCCAACGGCUGUCUCGUCCUACCUCCCUCCACCCAUUUAACCUCUUCCGUCAUCUGCGCACAGUCAACCCUUCUCCAUACCUAUUCUACAUCGACUGCGAAGACUUUCAGCUCGUUGGUGCUAGUCCAGAGCUUCUGGCGAAGGAGGAAAAGGGCCGUAUCAUUACCCAUCCCAUCGCCGGCACCGUCAAGCGUGGCAAGUCGCCGGAGGAGGACGAGGCGCUCGCAGAGGAGCUACGAGGCAGUCUAAAGGACCGUGCGGAGCAUGUCAUGUUGGUGGAUCUGGCACGUAACGAUGUUAACCGCGUGUGUGACCCGACCACCACUCAGGUGGACCGGUUGAUGGUGGUCGAGAAGUUCUCGCAUGUGCAACACCUGGUGUCACAGGUAUCGGGUAUUCUGCGGCCGGAUAAGACUAGGUUCGACGCGUUCCGGUCCAUCUUUCCCGCCGGCACGGUCUCCGGGGCGCCCAAAGUGCGGGCUAUGCAACUGAUUGCCGAGUUGGAGGGCGAGAAGCGCGGAGUGUAUGCUGGCGCGGUGGGCUACUUCGGAUACAACAUCGCCAGCACGGACGGAGCAACAGAAACGCCGGGUGCUAUGGAUACCUGCAUUGCACUCCGGACGAUGAUGGUCAAGGACGGGGUGGCCUACCUCCAAGCAGGUGGUGGAAUUGUCUUCGAUUCGGACCCGUAUGACGAGUAUAUGGAGACGAUCAAUAAAUUGGGCGCCAACAUUGCCUGUAUCAAGGGGGCGGAAGCGAAGUAUUUGAGCAUGGAGGGAGAACAAUCAUAGACUCAAAGCGGUCUCUUAGCUUUCUUUUCUUUCUUCGGAUUCUCUUGUUCCUCUUUGUUGAUAGGGAAUUGAAUGACGACUACGAUCUAGAGCGAUGGGAAAACAAUGAAGUCCUUCACAAAUUUUAUUUUAUAUUAUUUUCUUCUUUUUGUUCCUUUCAUCCCAAGUUCCCACACUCUGAUUGGAUCACAAGGUGUUAUGGGGAUUCGUGUUGCGAAGGGUAUUUACUACUCAAGCUAGGUAAGGAAAUGUCGGCACCGUAUUAGUUAAGUCGGAGUGCCUGAACUGAAUUGACAU